AUGAUAACCGAUGUUACAGCAGCCAAAUAUGGAUCAUCAUUCCAGUUUGGUUAUAACACAGGAGUUGUUAAUUCACCUGAAACGGUAAUGAAAGAUUUCUAUAAUGUAACUUAUUAUAAAAAAGAAGGCAAAGAAAUAACAGAUAGUUUAUUAACGUUGUUAUGGGCUUUGACAGUUGCUAUGUAUGCUGUAGGUGGAAUGGUUGGAGGGGUCAGUGCUGGAUAUUGGGGUAACAAAUUUGGCAGACGUGGUGCUCUAUUAAGAAAUAACAUAAUAGCUGUCAUAGCUGCUGGUUUAUUAGGUUUCUCUAAAAUGGCUGAUUCUUAUGAAAUGUUAAUGGUAGGACGAUUUAUUUGUGGUAUCAAUGCAGGUAUUAAUACAGGUGUAGCUCCAUUGUAUUUAUCAGAAAUAGCACCAAUUGAAUUGAGGGGGUUUUCUGGAACUUUUAAUCAGUUAUCUAUUACUUUUGGUGUCAUGGUAUCUCAACUGUUAGGUUUAAAAUUUAUAUUGGGUACAGAAAAAUACUGGCCUUUAUUAUUGGCAUUAACAAUUGUACCAGUUAUAUAUCAACUAUGUGUAUUGUCUAUGUGUGUAGAGAGUCCAAGAUAUUUGAUGUUAACAAAACAAAACGAAUUUGAAGCAACAAAAGCAUUAAAAUGGCUGCGGAAUUCAGAUGAUGUAGAAGAUGAGAUCAGAGAAAUGAGAGUAGAAGCAGAAGAACAAAAACAUCAUAAGAAGUUUUUUAUAAGUGAUUUGAUAAAGACACAUGAAUUAAGAAUUCCAUUUAUAAUCAGUAUAGUUUUACAAUUAUCUCAACAAUUCUCAGGCAUUAAUGCGGUAAUUUAUUACUCUACUAGUAUAUUUACAUCAGCUGGUCUAGAUAAAGACAAGGCUUCAUAUGCCACAGUUGGUGUUGGUGUAGUUAACAUACUCAUGACGUUUGUAUCAGCGUUUUUAAUGGAUAAGUUGGGUCGAAGGAGCUUACAUCUUCUUGGUUUAGGUGGAAUGUUUAUUUUUACCAUUGUUCUUACAGUUUCUAGAAUAUAUCAGCCUCAAGAUCACUGGUUAUCAUUUGUAUGUAUACCUGCUGUAGUAUUUUAUAUUGUAUCCUUUGCAUCAGGACCAGGUUCUAUACCAUGGUUUAUUGUAGCAGAACUAUUUACUCAAGGACCUCGUACAGCAGCUGUCAGUGUAGCUGUAUUAGUUAACUGGGCUGCUAAUUGUAUUGUAGGUUUUGUUUUUCCUAUUCUACAGAAUGCCAUCAAUGAAUACUCAUUCCUUCCAUUUGCUGCCAUGUUAGUGGGAUUUUGGAUUUUUACUUUCAUCAUGCUACCAGAAACAAAGGGCAAGACUGUUGAAGAAAUUUCUGAGAUGUUUGUAGUGAAAAACAGAGAGAUCAAUAUUAAUAGUGAUGAGGAUUCUUUAAUCACGUGA